AUGGUGAAGGUCGGAGUGAACAGAUUUGGCCAUAUCGGGCACCUGGUCACCAGGGCAGCCUUCAACUCGGGCAAAGUGGAGAUUGUUGCCAUCAAUGACCCUUUCAUUGACCUCAACUACAUGGUCUACAUGUUCCAGUAUGAUUCCACCCACGGCAAGUUCAAUGGUACAGUUAAGGCUGAGAAUGGGAAACUUGUCAUCAAUGGGAAAGCCAUCUCCAUCUUCCAGGAGCGAGAUCCCGCCAAUAUCAAAUGGGUGAUGCUGGUGCCAAGUAUGUUGUGGAAUCUACCGGGCUCUUCACUACCAUGGAGAAGGCUGGGGCCCGCCCUAACUCAGCCCCCAACACUGAGCAUCUUCCUUCAGUUUCCAUCCUAG